AUGGCGCCGCAAAACGGCAAUGUUCCCUCCUUCGACGAGAUUAUACAGCGAGCUCGGACACACAAUGAUCUCGACCCCCAACGAGGUAGUAGCUUCAAGAGCCUAGAAGAUGGACGAGCGAGGCUUUCGCGGCCGCCUCUGGCGAAUCCAAUGUCUGAGAAAGCGAAGACGGACAUGCUAUCCGAAGCACUCGUCGCAAAAGGCGCAACAAAUCAAGGUCGCAUCAGACCGGCAGACACCGAAAUCAGCAUCAGAGGCGCCGCUGGACCUUACGUGGUCAUCGCGAGUAACUUCGCACCAGGAACAACAGCUGCGGAUAUAGAAUCGGCUAUGGUACCAAGUGGUGGAGAGCUACAAGGCUGUAGAAUUAUUACGGCGUCUCCGACUGUGAUGGCCGAGAUGCUAUUCAGUGAAAAGCAAAGUGCAGAAAGUGUAAUUGGGACAUUCAAUAACAAAAAAGCGGAUGGCCGAAUGUUGCACGUUUACAUGAAGUCUGGCGGUCCUACGCCCACAGCCAAUGGGUCACUUCCCCGAAAAACAGAGAAAGAGCAAACUGCAAGCACUAUAGAUCUUACACAAAGUGAUCCUCCAUCAGCUUAUGACCGUCAAAGAGAGCAGUCAGAUCGGAGUCGAAGAAGAGCAGAGCCAGCUAUUCAAGACGGCCGGUACGGUUUUGGGAACAAGGCAGAUCAGAUGGAAGUCGACCAGCAGGAACCUCCCAUGGCUCCUCGCACAGAAGAGGAACAACGACAAGUUCGUCGUGAAUCUUAUCAGGAUGAUCGCUACAGCCGAGGACGAGAUCAGCGGUACGGAGGGCCACCAAGGGAUUAUGCAAGAGACAGAAAUGGUUAUUACGGGGGAAGGUGGGAGAAUGCUCGAUCAAGGAAUGAUCGCCAUCUCUAUAGUGAUGGGCUAAACCCCCGGCAACAUGGAUACCGGUGA